AUGAUCGAACUUGCAGGGCAGGGUCGGGUAAACCAACUGGGAGGGGUUUUCAUCAACGGGCGACCCCUGCCGAACCACAUCAGGCUGAAGAUCGUGGAGAUGGCGGCGGCUGGGGUCCGUCCGUGCGUCAUCUCGCGUCAACUCCGCGUGAGCCACGGAUGCGUGAGCAAGAUCCUCAAUCGGUAUCAGGAGACGGGGAGCAUCCGGCCGGGGGUCAUCGGGGGGUCCAAGCCCAAGAUGGCCUCGCCGGACGUCGAGAAGCGCAUCGAGGACUACAAGAAGGAGAACCCUGGCAUCUUCUCCUGGGAGAUUCGGGACAGACUGGUGAAGGAGGGGCUCUGCGACCGGAACAGCGCACCCUCGGUGAGCGCCAUCUCCCGGGUCCUCCGCGGCCGGGACCCAGAGGACGACGUCAAGGACGGAGAAAAGCUGUCGUCCGGGGAAUGCUCGGAUUCGGACUCGGAGCCGGGGAUCCCUCUGAAGCGGAAGCAGCGCCGAAGCCGCACGACGUUCACGGCCCAGCAGCUGGACGAACUGGAGAAGGCCUUCGAGCGGACCCAGUACCCCGACAUCUACACCCGCGAGGAGCUGGCGCAGAGGACCAAGCUCACGGAGGCACGCAUCCAGGUGUGGUUCAGCAACCGGCGAGCCCGUCUCCGGAAGCAGUUGUCAAGCGGGGGAAUGAUGGGGAUGUCCCCCGGGUCCCAUCAUCCUCACCCGGUCCCCGUUCCUUGCUCGUCAUCGUACCUCCUCUCCCAGAAUCCCUUCCCCACCUCCACCUCCGUCUCCACCGGGGAAACGGGUUCGGCGAGCUCGGGUGCAAGUCUUCCAGCCUCUUCCGCCCUGAGCAAGCCCAAUUCCUUCUCGUAUAACAGCCCCAUCCCCCCAUACAACCCUCCUUCUCUUCACAUGCCUCAGUUGGGGACCGGGACUGGGGGCGGUAUGGGAAGCAGCGGGAGUGGGUGCUACGUCCCAACCCACCAGGGUUUCGGGAUGACGUCGAGCGGGGAGGAGAUGUGGAACCUGCAGGGAAGUUCCUCGAUGGGGGUGGGUGCCUUCUCGGCGCCUCCACCCUCCAUCCAUCCGUAUUCACAGGGCUCCGUCGCGUCUUUCAUCCCCACCAGGCCCAGCGGCCUCUCUAUGUUCAAUUGGCACUGA